AUGAGCAUUUCAAGAACCGGUAGUAGCAAUACGGCGCAAGCUUGCGCUGCGUGUAAAUACCAACGUAGGAAGUGUGCAUCGGACUGCAUCCUCGCCCCGUAUUUCCCUCAUGAUCGACAACGACAAUUCCAGAACGCGCAUAAGUUGUUCGGCGUGAGCAACAUAAAGAAGAUCAUCAAGAACCUCAACCCUCCAGACAAGGACAUCUCCAUGCGCACGAUCGUGUUCCAAUCCGACGCGCGUGCGAACGACCCUGUCGGAGGGUGUUACAUGAUCAUACAAGAACUCCAACGACAAAUCGAAUACAACCAGGCCGAGCUCGACCUAGUUUACCAUCAACUAGCCAUAUGCCGAGCACAGGCCGCCCAACAACAACCACCACAACAACAUCAUAACGAUUUAACCCUAGGGUGUGACAUAAUCAAUCCACGCGAUCCACUGAACUCGUAUAACUCGAAUUAUUACUACGUUCAAGAACCUCACGACGACCUAUUCACGGUGGACAACGACGAAGACGACAACCAACACCAACAACAACAUCAGUUGCAUGAAAAGUACGAUAAUUCAUGGGACAUACAUGAAUCGACGACAGCUUUGUCGACGUUGAACAUCAAGCAGAGUUUUAUUAAACAAUGUGACAACGAAGUAGUACAUGAUGAUAAUAAUGAUGACGAUGGAGUUAAGCAUGGUUAUGGGAUACCAUGUGAAAGGCACAACGAGAUGAAGUUUGAGAAGGAAGAUAUAGUUGAAAGGAGGUUUGUGCCAUCGACACAGUUAGUUAUGUCAUCUUAAUAAUAAUAAUUUUUAAUUAUGAAAGAGUGAUGAUUAUACGAUUAAGAGAGAAAAAAAUAAAUGACAGUCACA